AUGGCGUCCUACUCGACUGAUCCCGCGCUGUACAUCUACACCUCCCUGACUGCGGGCUCCUCACACAUCGUCACCGCGACCUCGCGGCUCGAGACGAUUCUGCGCGCCAACAAAGUCCCGUUCAAGGCCAUCGACAUCGCCACCGAUGAAAAGGCGCGCAUGCUUUGGGGCCGCCGAGCCGGCAAGGACGAGAAUGGCAGAGCGAGGAAGUUUCCAGCGCUGGUGCAGGAGGGGCUGGUUUUAGGGGAUAUCGUGGAAAUCGAAGAGUGGAACGAAUAUGGCGAGCUGAAGCAGCACGUCAAGAUUUACUACGACGAAAGCACGAUUCCCGACAUCGAGCACAAAUAUCCAGAGCCGGUCAAGAAGAAGAAGACGGUCAAGAAGUCUGCUGUGGCCAAGGCUGCGGCGGCGGCGGCUGAAGCAAAGGCUGCUGCUGAUGCACCUGCCGCUGCCGCUGCGCCUCCCCCUCCCCCUGGGCCCGUUCCCGAGCCCAAGGUUGGUUCCAUGCCGAGAGCCAGCGUUGAGUCUGUGCGAUCUGUCGCCGAUGAAGCUGCGGCAAAGGCUAAAGAGCUUCGCCUGAACGCUCUUCGGGAGAAGGUGCACGGAAAGAAGACGGAGGAGCCGAAGGACGAGGCAAAGGAGGAGAAGGCAGAAGCGAGCGAAGAGGCCAAGGAGCCAGCCAAGGUCGAAGAGACUAAGGUAGAGGAGACUAAAGAGCCAGAGGCUGAGAAGAAUGAGGAAGAGUCCCAGGUUGAAGAGCCUAAGGUUGAAGAGCCCAAGGUUGAAGAGCCCAAGAUUGAAGAGCCCAAGGUUGAGGAGCCCAAGGCAGAGAAGACCAAGGCAGAGGAGACCAAGGCAGAGGAGACCAAGGCAGAGGAGACCAAGGCAGGAGAGACCAAAGUCGAAGAGCCCAAGGUAGAAGAUACCCAUGUCGAAGAGACUAAAGAACCAGAGGCCGAGACGAAGGAGGAAUCAGCCAAGGUAGAGGAGGCUAAGGAACCAGUCAAGGUUGAAGAGCCCAAGGUCGAAGAAGCCAAGGUUGAAGAGCCCAAGGUCGAAGAAGCCAAGGUCGAAGAAGCCAAGGUUGAAGAAGCCAAGGUUGAAGAAGCCAAGGUUGAAGAAGCCAAGGUUGAAGAGACCAAGGCAGAAGAGACCAAAGCACCAGAGGUUGAGAAGAAAGAAGAAGCUGAGAAGGUGACUGAGCAACCCAAAGAAGAGGCCCCCAGCAAAGAUGAAGCAGAGGCCAAGAAAGACAAGGCUGAGAAGCCCGAUGUUGAGGAGAAGAAGGCUGAGGAAAAGGUUGACGAAGCAAAGACCAAGGAGGCUGAGCCAGACGCAAAAGAGGCGGAAGUAGCUGAAGACCAAGAUGAAGUGUCUGAGCACGAGGUACCACAGGAGCUCGAAAAGGUCAAGGAAGAGGACGAGGAAGAGGCCGCACACAACCUUAGUAAUGAUACCGAUACCGACUAUGCCGAUGAGAAGAAAAAAGCACAGCCAGAGGCAGUGGAGGAACAGUCAAACGAGAAGGGUGAGCAUAUAUCUAAAGAGGGAGGCGUCACUGCUUCACAACCCGUCCCGGAUCCCGACCCCGCCCCAGACGCGUCCGCCCAAUCGGACGAGAAUACUAAGAAGUCGACCAGGGAUAAAGAGAGCAAAGAUCAAAAUUCUUCGCAUUCUCUUGCUUCUAAAGAGGACAAAGCGCGAGACCAGGGUGAAGAAAAGACGAAGCCUCAAGCCAAAGCGCCAAAGGAGCAGAGCAAAGACAAAGUCGAGGAUAAGCCAGCUGCUUCAUAG